AGCGUUUUGCUUCGAGUACUCCUGCUCUCGGUUUCAACCUAUCAGAGUUUGGAGGCGGUGUCUAUUUGCUUUGCUGGAACCGAUUUGCACAUGCCCUAUGUGGGGCCCUGGGUACUCCAGAGAAGGGGUAAAAGGACGGGAUUUUACAUUCUGAAUUUGUUUUAUUCAGAGGGACGGGGAGACCGACACCAUGUCAGGGACUGUCUUCAAUGCCAUGUCGAAACUGACCUCCUGGAGGCUGCGCCCAGUCCCCAGCCUGAGUCGCUGGUAUCGCACCCAGCGGGGUGUUUAUGGCCACAAACCUCAACGCAACGACACUGGAAUUACAUUAACAAGGGAGGGAAUCCCACCGCAAGUGGACCAUGGUCUGAUCCGGCUAGUGACAGCUUAUCGUGAACAUGGCCACAAAGCUGCUAAAAUCAACCCUCUGGAUCAAAAUGAGCAAGAAGUUAUUCCUGAAAUUCAGGUCCUAACCGAAUCACUGCAGGGUAAUGACCUGAUGUACACUAAAGAUUUGUGGAACUUUGGGAAGGAUGAAGCUACUCUGGAAGAGGUGUUGGCCUAUCUGGACAAAACCUACUGUGGACAUACAUCGAUUGAGAUCAGCCAGCUGGAGAACAUGGCAGAGAGGGAAUGGUUUGCUCAAAGAUUUGAACAAAUCAAGCAAGAAACUUUAACACAAGAAGAGAAAAGGCUUUUAGCAAAAUUGAUGCUGGAGUCUCAGGAAUUCGACCAUUUCUUGGCCACUAAGUUCUCCACUGUAAAACGCUAUGGUGGAGAGGGAGCAGAAAGUAUGAUGGGAUUCUUCAAUGAAUUAUUCCGAGUGGCAGCACUCAAUGGUGUGACAGAUGUUGUGCUGGGAAUGCCUCAUCGAGGACGCCUCAACCUCCUAACAGGAUUGCUGCAAUUUCCACCUGAGUUGAUGUUUCGUAAAAUGCGUGGAUUAAGCGAGUUUCCAGAAGGUUCUCCAGCCUGCGGCGAUGUCUUGUCACAUCUCUCGUCCUCUGUGGACCUGGACUUUGGUCUUGACCAGCCUCUGCAUGUCACAAUGCUACCCAACCCUUCACAUCUGGAGGCCAUCAACCCGGUUGCAGUCGGCAAAACUCGGGGCAGGCAACAGUCUCGGCAGGACGGGGAUUAUUCACCGAGUGGCUCUGCACAGCCUGGAGACAAAGCCAUUUGUGUACAGGUGCACGGUGAUGCUUCUUUCCCGGGGCAAGGGGUGGUUGCGGAAACCUUCACUCUGUCAAAGCUUCCCCACUACAGAGUCGGUGGAAGCAUACACCUGAUUGUCAAUAACCAGCUGGGCUACACGACUCCUGCGGAGAGAGGCAAAUCCUCACUCUACAGCAGUGAUGUUGGUAAGAUGGUUCAUUGUGCCAUGAUUCAUGUAAAUGGAGAUGAUGCAGAGGAAGUGAUUCGAGCCACACGGUUAGCUGUGGAGUAUCAGCGGUGUUUCCGGAAAGAUAUAAUUGUCGACCUCCUGUGCUACAGGCAAUGGGGUCACAACGAGUUGGACGAGCCAUCCUUCACAAACCCCACAAUGUACAAAAUCAUCAGAUCCCGUAAAAGUAUCCCUGAUCAGUACGCUGAGCAAUUAGUAGCAGAUGGCCUCUUAACAGAGCAGGAAGUUUCCAACAUUAAAACCUCUUACUAUUCGAAGUUAAAUGACCAUCUGACAAACAUGAUGUCCUUUUGCCCAGUUGCUCCAAACCUCCAGGGCCAUUGGAGUGGCUUGACGGAGCCUUCGUCCAGGAUCAGCACGUGGGACACUGGAAUGCCCAUCGACCUGCUGAAGUACGUGGGGGCCAAAUCUGUUGAAGUACCUGAGGAAAUCACCAUGCAUAAUCACCUGAUGAAGACUCAUGUGCAGUCCAGGUUGCAGAAACUGGAAGAGGGGAUGAAGUUGGACUGGUCUACAGCAGAAGCACUGGCUAUUGGAACUUUGCUUUGUCAAGGUUUUAAUGUGCGGCUAAGCGGACAAGAUGUCGGUCGUGGCACUUUCAGUCAUCGGCAUGCAAUGGUCGUUUGCCAGGAUACAGGUGACACGUGCAUUCCACUCAAUCACAUCAGCCCAGAACAAAAGGGAUUCUUUGAGGUGUGCAACAGUCCAUUGUCUGAAGAGGCUGUACUGGGCUUCGAGUAUGGCAUGAGCAUUGAAAGCCCAAAGAUCCUUCCAAUAUGGGAAGCCCAAUUUGGGGACUUCUUUAAUGGGGCCCAAAUUAUGUUUGACACCUUCAUCUCUGGAGGUGAGGCCAAGUGGCUAUUACAAAGUGCAGUGGUUAUCCUCUUACCCCACGGAUAUGAUGGUGCAGGCCCAGAACAUUCCUCCUGUCGUUUAGAACGUUUCCUGCAGCUGUGCGACAGCAAGGAAGAAGGCGUGGAUGGCGAUAAUGUAAAUAUGUCCGUUGUACACCCGACUACUCCAUCACAGUACUUUCACUUACUGCGCCGACAGAUGAUUCGGAACUUUCGGAAACCCCUCAUUGUGGCCUCUCCAAAAAUGCUCCUGCGUCUCCCUGCUGCAGUCUCUGGCCUGGAUGAGAUGGCACCUGGAACCACAUUUAAACCCGUCAUAGGAGAUUCAUCUGUGGAUCCAAGAAAUGUGACCCGGGUGGUGUUAUGUUCCGGCAAACACUAUUACACUCUGCUUAAGCACAGAGAGACGUUGGAAGCUGCAUCGAACACGGCACUGGUCAGGGUGGAGGAGCUCUGCCCCUUCCCACUGGAACACCUUCAGCUGCAGAUGGAGAGAUUCAAAAAUGCAAAAGACUUUAUAUGGAGUCAAGAAGAGCCACAGAACAUGGGCCCAUGGUUUUUUGUAUCCCCCAGAUUUGAAAAACAAUUAGGAUGCAAGCUGAAAUUGGUAAGUAGGCCAGCUCUUGCAGUACCUGCAGUUGGCAUUGGCACUCUGCACCAGGAACAAAAUCAAGACAUCCUCACCAGAACCUUCUCCUAAAAGGAUAUUGUUAAAAAUGUCUCCGCCCUGCUUGACUACUGAGAAGACCUGCAACUUAACUUAACUUCAAAACUAUUAUUACUUUGCCUAAUUUUUUGUAAGUGCUUUGAUUUUUAUCAACAAGAAUCAUGACAAUAUUCUCUUCCAUUGCGGUUAAAAUAAGAAUUAAGUACUACCUCAUUUGUAAAGAGUGAGGCAUGCAGAAUGAAUUGGACUGCUGAAAAUGUGUUCUUGACAUGUUCUGUAUCUAGUUUCAAAGCAAUUUUAUGUUUCUUAUCAAACUGAGUGGCUUCUGUACUCUAUUUCUGGAGCGUAGGGUGCUGUGUUCCUCUGUUUUUCGGCCUGCAGUUCUGCAAGAGUGGUGCUGAUCUGCUACUGAACAGCCAGAAACAAGGUGCAGAAUAUUCCACACACUUUGUGGAAAUUCUUCAUGUAUUGUGUAGAUUGACCUGUCACAGGUCAACAUCCUUUUGUUUGGUAGGGAAGGUACAAUAGUUAUUUUGUAAAAUGGUGAGAGACUCAAAGGGGAAGCAAAGUACAAUGGUGCAAUGCAACAUGAACGCAUUACAAAGUGCCAACUGCAGCUCGAGGCAGGUUCUUGAGCUUUCAGACUGCUGAGUCCUUUACUCCAAUGGCCAAUUGCAAGUCAUUCAGUUUUCUUGGGCAUGGAUGAAAAAUAUCACCUACACUUGAUGCUCUCCUCACUCCUGCAUUAUUAUCUUUGCUCUUCCUCACAGACCUGCCUUCACAGCACGGUUACUGUGCAGGCAAAGGCCAUUUCACCUCACAAUCCAGCUUGCCCCACUGCACCACCCUCUCCCCUUCAAAUGUUAUCCUUUUGCCGCUCCUCUUUCAAUGCUACAAUUGAACCUGCCUUCACUGGUAGUUUACCUCCAGACACAAAUCACUUACUGUGCAAAAGAAAAGUAAGUUACUUCACUUUUAGUUCUUUGGCCAAUCACCUUCAUUCUACGUUCCCGAGUCCUAGCUCCCUCUGCCCAUUGGAAACAUUCUCUCUGUCUCUUCUGCCUAUAACCUUCAUACAGUCAUACAGCACAGAAACAGACCUUUCGGCCCAACUGGUCCAUGCCAGCCAAGAUGCCCAUCUAAGCUAAUCCCAUUUGCCCGUGUUUAGCCCACAUCCCGCUAAGCCUUUCCUAUCCGUGUACCUGGCCAAAUGUCUUUUAAAUGUUGUUAAUGUACCUGCCUCAACCACUUCCCCUGACAGCUCAUUCCACAUACUGACCACUCUCUGGAUGGAAAAAAUUGCCCCUCAAGUUUCUAUUUAAUCUCUCCCUUCUCACUUUAAACCUAUGCCCUCUAGUUCUUGAUUCCCCAACCCUGGGAAAAAGACAGUAUUCACCCUGUCUAUGCCCCUCAUGAUUUUAUACACCUCCUGUAAGAUCCCUCAUUCUCCUACACUCCAAUGAAAAAAGUCUCAACCUCUCUCCAUAACUCAGACUCUCGAGUCCUGGUAUCAUCCUCGUAAAUCCCUCCUGCAUUCUGAUUUAAAGAAAAACACACCUAUACCAGAUCUCCUUGCAACUUCCUCGGUUUCAAGGGAACACAAGCCACAAACUCUCCAAUCUAUCCACAUGUCCAUGGUCCUUCAUUUUUUGGAACCAAACUGGUAAGUCUUUUUGGCACCCUCUUCGAAGAACUUACAUCUUCCCUGAAGUGUGGUGCCCAGUGCCAGACGUGGUGUUCCAGUUGUCUAAUAGUCAUACAGCAUGAAAACAGGCACUUUGGCCCAACUUGCCCAUGCUGACCAUGGUGCCCACCAAGCUGGUCCCAUUUGCCCACAUAGGGCCCAUGUCCCUCCCAACCUUUCCUAUCCAUGUACAUAUCCAGAUGUAUUUUAAAUGUGGUUAUUGAACCUGCCUCAACCACUUUGGCAGCUCGUUCCCUUCUCUGCCCUUCAGUUCCCUUUUAAAUCUCUCACCUUAAACAUGUGCCCUCUAGUUUUUAGUUUCCCUUCCCUGGGAAAAAGACUGUGCGCUCACUCUACCUAUGCCCCUCAUUUUAUACGUCUCUAUAAGGCCACCCCUCAGUCUCCUACCUUCCAGAAAAAUAAAGACCCAGCCUGCCCAACCUCUCCCUAUAACUCAGGCCCUCGGGUCCUGGCAGCAUCCUCGUAAAUCUUCUCUGCACUCUUUCCAGUUUAAUCAUGUCUUUCCUACAAUAAUUGGCUGAACAAUAGUUUUAUAAAGGUUUAUCAUGACCCCUUUACUCUUGUACUCUGUCUCUAUUUAUAAAAUCCAGGAGCCCAUGUGCUUUUUUUUAAACAACUUUCAUUCCAUCCUACUUUCAACAAGCCAUGCACCCCCACCCCCAGAGCUCUUUGUUCCCCUAAUUCUUUUAGAAUGGCUUUGGUCUCAGUGUCACUUCCCUCAUGUACGCAGACGCCACCAGGCCAACUCCACUCUGGCCUCUUUCAACAACCCCAAACCCUGAUUCUGUGAACCAACUACUUGUCCAACAUACAGUGCUGGAUGAGCAUAGAUAUUGAGAAGAUCAAAGCCCUUUCUUUGCUCCUCACCACAGACUGUAUUUUGUGGUCACUCUCUGCCCCUUCCCCAGUACUUGUCUGAGGCCAAACCAGCCUGCUUACAACCGUGAUGACAUAUUUCAUGCUGUGAUGUAUCUCAAACCACAUAACUGGAUGAUUAACAAGCUCACAUUUCUGCCACUGUAGCCAGCUUCUGCUAACCUUUCCUAGAUGAUCUUGUUAGCUAUAACAACCACUGUACCCCUCACCCUACCUUCUAUAAACCUGAGGGACCCAAAACUCUGAGUCCCAACUCGUAACAAGUCCCAUUUCACCAAUCACUCUUGAGCACACAGCUAUUAUCUCCCGAUCAACCAAAAACAUGGUUUUUCCUAGAAUGUAAAUUUUUCAUUACUGUUCUCAGAGUCUCGACUCGCUACCCACCAUCUCUAAUCUCUUCCAACUCAGAGUCACAAAGUUUACAGUCAAAGUCGAGUUUAUUGUCAGAUGCACAAGUCCAUGUGUGCACAGGUGCAAUGAAAAACUUACAAUGCAGCAGCAUCACAGGCACAGAGCAUCAGAUAAGCAGCAUUCACAAAUAAAACAUAAAUUAUACACACAAUUUUUUAACAAGAAAGAACACAAUUAGAACCCAAAACAAAACAAAGUUCAUUUUAGUGCAAACUGAUCAAAGUGGUCAUAGUGUUGCUAAACUGUAGUGAUUAGAGUUUUGCCGGUUGGUUCAAGAAUUGAAUGGCUGGAGGGAAGUAGUUGUUCUUGAAGCGAAGGAGGCCAUUUGCUGGCCAAAAAAAUGGCCUUUGGGUUAAUGCCUCUUCCAUGCUCUUGGUGCUGCAUGUAUUUGCUCUUCACUACAAACCUCUCAGCUGUCUGCACUCCUUCACUUCUGGCCUCUGAAGUGACCCAGAGUAUCAGCCAGUUGUACCAUUUUCACUCUGUAUAAUCGGGGGAGGAAUACAAACACCAGGCAUUGACCUAAGCAACAGAUUUGAACAAGGCAAAGUCACCCCCACCCCUUCCCUCGUCAACCUUGCAACAUUCUCAUAGCCAGCUGUAGACUGGUACCUGAAUUGGGAGAGCUGUUUCGUCCCUUGGAACUUCUGCCCCUCAAAAGACAUUAUAGAGACAGAUGGUCUUUUACAGUCAUUCGGUAGUUUUCAUCAUUAGAUGAAUUGAUUUUAUCCCUAAUUUAUGACUUGAAUUUAAACUCCAGCUUGGUAGAAUUUAAACUGGGUCUCUGGUUUACUGUGGAGACACAAGAGACUGCCGUACUCACAGAAUCAGACCCUACAAUGUGACAGCCUCCUAUCACCACCCCUGGGUAAGUCCUGUCACACUAAAGACAGACCCACCAUAGGUGGGAGGGCCACAGUGGUGUACGGGUGAGUGUGGCCUUGGGAGUCCUCAACGUCAAAUCCAGACCUCGGGAAGUCUCACAUCAGGUUCAAAUGUGAACACCAUUUGUACGGUGAGCAUGCGGGGGGAAUCUUCAAUAUUUGUCACCGUGAACAGCAUGAUAACCACUGACUGAGCUGGCUGAGUUCCUGAAGGCUGGAGCUGCCUGACUGGGUCUGUGGCAGAAGGCAAGUGAACCAACACAAGGGAUUCAACCUACUUAAUCUCAUUGUCACAAAUCUACCUGUGGCUGAAUCUGCUGUCUGUGAUUGCAUCGGCCAAAGUGACCAGAACAAAAUCUCUGUGUCCAUCAUGCAAGAGUUAUUUCCUCACACCUGUGAGGCAAUGAAAACAGUACCAUCUUUUACUGUGUCCUCAUUCAGAUAACUUAAACUAUUUAUAUACGUAUCCUGAAUAAAAAAGUAC